AUGGCAGAUAGGCUAUUUGAUAUGGAUAUAGAAAAGGAAGAUUCGUUCGAAUCGUUUUACGUUGAGGUGAAAGAGAUCGAGAAGAGAGACUCGGUGUUGACGUCGAAGCAGCAGAUUGAUCGACUGUUGCGUCCGGGCUGCACCUACUUCAACCUCAAUCCAUAUGAAGUUUUGAACAUUCCGAACGAUACUCCUGAAGACGAAGCGCACAGACAGUACAGAAAAUUGUCCAUUUUGGUUCACCCUGACAAAAAUCCCGAUGAUCGAGAAAGAGCACAGCAAGCAUUCGACUAUGUCAAGAAGGCCAUCGAAACGAUUCAAGAUGCAGAGAAACGCGAGAGGAUUCGUCUUAUUUUCGAAGAGUCUAAAGCAAGGCUCGCAAAUUCAAUCAAAGAAAAACGUCGAUUGCUGAAGAAAGACAAAAAGUCAACUUCGCCCGUAAUAGUGGACGAGGAUGAUCCAGAGAAGUACAAACGAGCACUUUGGGUAAUGACCACAAAGGUGUUUGCAGAAAAAGACCGAAAGCGCAAGAUCAUGGAAGAACGCGACCUUGAGGAAAAGAAACGACAACAUGAGGAGGAACAACUCGCCAGAGAAAAGCGAAAGUUAGAAGAAGAGUGGCAGAAAAACUAUGAGGAAUCGAGGGAUGAACGAGUUAACAGCUGGAAAAACUUUAAGACUAGCAAAGAAAAGAAGGGAAAGUUUAGUAAAGGCUCUUUUCGUCCUCCUAAACACAAGGCGGAAACGCGGGUUACAUAA